UAUACAAAAAGAACCAGUUUAUUGAACCCGUUAAAUGUUACCUGGCGGCGCAGGUUAAGCAAAGGCGCACCCUCCGAACAUUCUAGAAUUCAGUUACACGCGUUUACCGUUUCACCCAAAAAAGCCCUAGCCCCCACUCCCCACUCUUGAUAAACACCUCCUUACCCACAUCUCAAUCUCAUCUUCUUCUCUCAGAUUUAGUGUUUCACCAUUGGCGCUGCAUUUUGGCAACUCUGCAUUGGUAGAGUAGAUGAAGCAAGUGAAGCCCUUGCAGUUGUUUCAUAAACUGGUGAAAACAACACAGAAUGAACGGGGAAGGUUGAUGGGUUUAGAUGUUGGUGAUAAAUAUGUUGGUCUUGCUCUUUCUGACUUUGAUAACAAAAUUGCUUCACCUUUCAGUGUUCUCGUCAGGAAGAAGACAAAUGUUAAAUUAAUGGCUUCUGAUUUUAAGAGUCUGAUCUCUAAAUAUUCCUUGAAAGGCUUUGUUAUUGGCCUCCCUUUUGACAGACAUCUGGUGUCUUCUGAUGCUGUGCAAAUGAAGGUCUUCAUUGAUAACCUCCGUAGAACAAACAUGCUUGAAGAUGUAGAAUAUACAUUCUGGAAUGAGUGUUUCACGUCAAAGAAUGUAGAGUUGUUGUUAAAGCCUUUGAACUUGAAACAUCCAGUGCAUUCCAAAACUAUGCUAGACAAGUUUGCUGCUGUAGGAAUACUUCAAGGGUACCUGGACUAUGUCAACAGAAAAGCAAAGGCUAUAACACCAGAGUAAGACUUCUUAAUAGUGUCAACAAGCACCUAAGUAAGAGAAGAGAGACGUUAACUUAGUGGAAGAUCAAGCGUGAAAUAUCACCACCACAUGCAUAUUUUGAAGACUUGAGCUGCAGUUAACUAAUGUACACUCCACCUUCACUAGAUUCAAUAGUUCCAUUGUAGACAAAGAAUUUUUCUCAAACAGUGGUGGGAGAAAUCUUACAAUAAGCAUGAUGGUUUUGUAGAAAAAGAUCUGAAGCAGCAUAUACUUAAUUUUAACUGCUUCAUCGAAAUGCAGAAACAUACUUUGCUCGGGUCUUGGUUAA